AGAAGCCAGUAAGAUGUUUCUUUACUGCUGACAGGCCCAUUAAACUUUCUCCGGCCCAUUCUAUUUAUACUGUAUAAAUGAGCCCACCAACAAAUUCAGCUUACAGUGCGAUUCCGAUCAGAAGCCGGCAAUUCUUCCUUCACUGCUUCACAUCAUUCGCUUGCAAUGGCCGCCUAUCACAGUCGUGAGGCUUGCCCGUCUGUAAAGAACAUCCUUUUGUUGGAUUCUGAGGGCAAACGUGUUGCCGUCAAGUACUAUUCGGAUGAAUGGCCCACUAACAGUUCUAAGUUAGCUUUUGAGAAAUCCGUUUUCACAAAAACUCAAAAGAAUAAUGCUCGCGCGGAAGCGGAGAUAACAAUGUUGGAGAACAACAUAAUCGUGUAUAAGUUUGUUCAAGAUCUGCACUUCUUUGUGACCGGAGGUGAUGAUGAAAAUGAACUGAUCCUAGCUACUGUGCUACAGGGUUUUGUUGAAGCAGUAACCCUUCUCCUCAGGAAUAAUGUUGACCUCAGGGAGGCACUGGAAAACUUGGAUCUUAUUCUUUUGUGCCUUGAUGAAAUUGUUGAUGGAGGGAUUGUUCUUGAAACUGAUGGUAGCAUUAUUGCUGGAAAAGUGGCUUCCCAUACCAUGGAUGAUGGUGCUCCAUUGUCUGAGCAGACUAUAUCCCAAGCUCUAGCAACUGCACGGGAGCAUCUGACGAGAUCUCUUUUGAGAUAACUUCAUUUCUCAUUACCUGAUACAAUUGGUGAAAAAUUCAUUCUUCGACAUAAUUUGCUGUUGCUCCUUUUGGUAUAAUCUUUUCUAAGUUUUUCAUUCAGCUGAACACGAAAGAGAUAAUCCUGUUUUUCCUCUGGUUGUUGCCAAUUUGCCAUUUGUUCCGUUUAAUAGAUAACUUGAUUCCGUUUGUUCUCAUUUGGCCUUGAGCGAGGAAUCUAUAUUUCCAUGAGGGAUUGAAAAUAGCCUUCGUUCAGAUGAAUUGUCCCAUUUUACCACCCCCUUUAUGCUCCUUGAGAUAGGACACUUUGUGUUAUGCAUAUUACAAUUUACUAGGGACAUUAAUAUUUUUUAUAUGAAUAUUUUGGUUGAGUUGCAAUUUUGGUUUAUAUCCACUUUUUUAUUCUGUAUGCAAACAAAUUCUACCAAUCUCAACUUACGUUGCUUUAAUCAGAUGGAUCACUAAAAGGGAAAAUAGUUGCUGAAAAGUGCAAACACU